AUGUCCGUCAACGAAAGAACAGGACUCGCAUCAGACAACCAAGUCGAUAACGAGAAAGGCAGAGAUCUAGCUUCCAUACCUACCCUUCCUCGGGAGGAGCAAGAUGAAGAAGGCCCAUCUCCAAGUCGCUUCAUACCCCUCAAGUACCGUCUGAUUGCAUUUUCCAUGGUGGUUUUCUUCAAUACCAGCUCUUCGUUCUCCGAGAGCACUCUCAGUCCGUUGAAGUCUACAUUCCGAGAGCAGCUCAAGGUCACUACAAUCUCGUCCGCAUCAAGUCUGGUCAACACGAUUCUGCCUGUGAUUGGGGGGCUGGGUAUCGAUUACUGGGGUGCUACAUACGCAUCGAUCAUCUGUAGUACUUUCAUCAUGCUCGGAGCCAUUAUCUCUGCCGCUGGUUCGAACACAUCACGAUUCGGCUUAGUAGUGGGAGGACGAAUUUUGAUGGGCUUCGGAUCAAUGGCCCUUGCUAUCGGAGUCGACCUGGCGUGGAGCAGGGUAAUAUCUGUGAUUUCGAGAAGUACGGCAGUCCCAAUGAGUAUGAUCAACGGUUGGUGGGGUUGGGCGCUUUGGAUUCCCGCAUUUACCACAGUAGCCAACCUUAUCAUCUGCAUCAUGUAUUGGGCAUACGAAAGGAGAGUACCCAAGCAGUACAGACCGCCUCUCGGGAAAGACGCGGCGAGGAAAGAAGGGGCUUUAAGGAAGGCCAUCGAGUUCAACAAGAUAUCAAGAUGUGACCCUCGAUUCUUUUGGCUCUUUGCAGGCAUCCAAUUGUUCCAGACCUCGGUUGUUGGUGUAUACAGUAGCAACCUGGCAGAUAUCCAAACGCAGACUCGAGGCACCUCGAAACUCGCUGCGGGUUACAAUUCUAGUCUUCAAAGUGUUGUGCCCAUCGUCAUGAUUCCCCUGGUCGGGGCGUUCAUCGAUAGAUUUGGAAUGCGAAUGUACUUCAUCUCGUGGACCGCGAUGAUGUACGUGAUCGUGAUAGGCCUCAUCGGCCUUACCCAAGUUCAUCCUCUCGGACCUAUCAUCCUCGGCUCUUUUGCUUUAUCCACCUAUGCUAUUCCCUUCUCCGCUUCGAUCCCAGUCAUGAUUGGCGAUGCAGACAUGCUGGGAACGGCCAUCGGGAUAUGGAAGGCCUUUGGUAACGGUGGGAUCAUCGUCUUUGACGUUGCAGCUGGUGCCAUUCAAGACUUGUCGGGCACCAACAGUUACGACAAUGUGAUCUACUUGUUGAUGGCUUACAAAUCCUUACAAAUACUUUAUGGAUUUUUCUUCGCGUGGCUGGAUGGGAAAUGGCUGGCUAACUCACUCCGUAAAGGUGAGAAGGAGAGAGUCGCAAUUCGGGAAGCAGCACUGGCAAACAACGUUGUUCUGCCUGGAUGGAAGCCGUCUAAGUGGGGUAUGUGGAUCGUCAUGGGCGAACUCGUUGCCUUGACAAUCACUGCUUGGGUAGUGUACAUUGUAUAUUCGCUUGGAAAAUAG